AUGGCUCUUGAUCGUGCAGAGAAGUUCAAGUCUUCUGAUCAGGCGAGACCCGUGCGCGUCAUUGACCUUUGCACUGGCACAGGCUGCAUAUCACUUCUUCUGCACGCUUUACUUGCUCCCCAUUUCCACCAAUUGGAAAUCACAGCGAUUGACAUCAGCCCCAUAGCCUUAGCCCUAGCUCAGAGGAACCUCAUACAUAAUCUACAACUGGGUCACUUGGCGCCCAGCGCAACCACAGAUAUAGGCCUUCACCGCGCCGAUGUCCUCGGGCAUGGGAGCGACAAGUCGAUCCCAUCCGUUGACUCUUUACUGCAAGCAAAGCUGAGCACCACCUCGCCAGACCAAGAUACCGUGUGUGAUCUUUUGAUUUCCAACCCGCCCUACAUAUCCCAAACGGAGUUUCGCAACGGCACCACUUCGCGCAGUGUGCGGCGCUUCGAGCCCAAACUGGCACUUGUUCCUCCGCCAUCGGGUUCUCGGGAGGAAGAUUGCAGGCCCGAGGAUGUAUUCUAUCACCGGAUCCUCGCUGUGGCCUUGAAGUUCAAGGCCAAGAUUACGGUGCUGGAAUGUGGGGACAUUCUCCAAGCCAAUCGAGUCGUUGCUCUCCAUAGGCGACUCGUCUCUGGACAAUCAGUUCAGUUCAGAGCAGAGGUCUGGCCAAGUCAAGAAAGGGAUCUGGCUAUGAAUGGGUUUCAUGCGACUGAUGGAUCGCGUGGUGUCAUCAUACAUCGAUUACCCUGA